UAUAUAUAAAGGCUACAAAACAAAACAUCAUAUGAUUAUUACUUACAAGUCACUGUUCGUUCAGCCAUUUUUCCCUUUCCUUUUCACUUGCUCCCACUUGCUAAGAGCCACGAGAAACAUCUCAAAGUUUCAAACUUUUUCUUCCCCAAAACCACUUUCCAUUAAAGAAGACAAAAACAAAGAACCCUUCUCCUAAAGAUGAACGAGGAGAUGAACGGAGAGUCGCCGGGAAACAAGAAAGGCACGGUGAUGGAGAUGCCGGAGAAGAUAGAUUAUGUGUUCAAGGUCGUGGUGAUCGGCGACUCGGCGGUCGGAAAAACACAGCUUCUGUCGAGAUUCACAAGAAACGAGUUCUGCUUCGAUUCCAAAUCCACGAUAGGAGUGGAGUUUCAGACACGUACGGUCACCAUUGAUGGGAAGCUCGUCAAGGCUCAGAUCUGGGACACCGCAGGUCAGGAGAGGUACAGGGCGGUGACGAGUGCGUACUACAGGGGCGCGUUGGGGGCGAUGGUGGUGUACGACAUCACGAAGCGCGUGACUUUCGACCACGUGGCGCGUUGGGUGGAGGAGUUUCGCUCCCACGCCGACCCCUCCGCCGUCAUGAUGCUCGUCGGAAACAAGGCCGAUCUCGCCGCCGACCGCCGCGCCGUCCCGACAGAGGACGCCGUCGAGUUCGCCGAGACACAGCGCCUCUUCUUCUCCGAGACCUCCGCUCUCAGCGGCGGCAACGUCGACGCCGCCUUCCUCCGCCUCCUCCACGAGAUAUUCAGCUCCGUCGUCUCCAGGAAAGCCCUUGAUUCCGGCGGAUCCGCCGCCGUGAAGCUCGACGGGUCGAAGAUCGACGUGAUCUCCGGGUCGGAUCUCGAGAUCAGCGAGAUUAAGAAAUUGUCUUCGUGCUCAUGUUGAUUUGAAUUUUGAUUUGACUCGAAGAACAACGGAUCUGGUUCGGGUCGAUGGAUAUAUACAUUUCCCGGGCCUUGGUUGGAAUCGAGCCCAAAUACUAUUGAUGAUGUAAAGCCCAAAUCUAUGAACUUAUGGCCCAACAGAGGCCCAUAUAGCCACGAGGAGGAAUCCAUAAGCUGCGUUCAUGCUAUUGUCAUUACUACCACAGCCACGUGA